UGCUGCAUCAGUGAAUGACAUGAGGAUGUGAAAGAAUACAGCGGGCUGGGCAUAUGAUUUUAAAGCCAUUCUCGAACGGACUGCUAUAUGGACGAUGAGGAAUACACUAAGGACUGACUGAGGAACGGCCUGUAUUUGAGCCCGAGUCUUCCUCACCUGCCAGCCAUGGACUAGACGAGAGGAGUGUGUGUUAGAGAGUGUGUGACGCAGACAUAAGCAUGGUGGUGAGGUGGCUGCUCAACUCCCAUUGAGAACACAGAAAAUGAGAGCGUGAAGCUGCAGGGUAGGCAGCACAGCCACAAGAACCCAUGACUCUGGACAUGGAUGCGGUCCUGUCAGACUUUGUUCGGUCCACAGGGGCAGAACCGGGUCUGGCACGAGACCUGCUGGAAGGUAAAAACUGGGACCUGAGCGCCGCUCUCAAUGACUAUGAGCAGCUCCGGCAGGUUCACACUGCCAACCUGCCCCACGUCUUCAAUGAGGGCCGUUACUACAAGCAGCCGGAGCGUAGCAGCACCCCGCAGCACAUCAGCAAGCUGGAGCAAUGCUCUCAGAAACAAGAGGACAACACUCAGGAGAAGCGUCUGUCCCGGGGCAUUUCCCAUGCCAGCUCUGCCAUCAUGUCUCUGGCCCGGCUGCAGGUGUCAGGGGAUUGUGCCAGGGAGCAGUUCCCCCUGGAGAUGCCCAUCUACACAUUCCAGCUGCCCGACCUGAGUGUGUACAGCGAGGACUUCCGCAGCUUCAUUGAGCGUGACCUCAUUGAGCAAUCCACCAUGGUGGCCCUGGAGCAGGCCGGUCGUUUAAAUUGGUGGUCCACCAUGUGCACCAGCUGUAAGAAGCUACUACCGUUAGCGACAACAGGAGAUGGCAACUGUCUUCUGCAUGCAGCUUCUUUAGGAAUGUGGGGCUUCCAUGACCGGGAUCUGGUGCUGCGGAAGAGUCUGUAUGCCAUGAUGAAGAGCGGAGCAGAGAGAGAAGCUCUGAAGAGGAGGUGGAGGUGGCAACAGACUCAACAGAACAAAGAGUCGGGGCUGGUGUACACCGAGGAGGAAUGGGAGAGAGAGUGGAACGAAUUGCUGAAGCUGGCCUCCAGUGAGCCACGCACACACUUUAGCAAGAGCGGCAACUCCAGCGGAGGGGUGGAUAACUCAGAAGACCCGGUUUACGAGAGUUUGGAGGAGUUCCAUGUGUUUGUACUGGCCCAUGUUCUGAGAAGACCUAUCGUGGUGAUCGCUGACACUAUGCUCAGAGACUCUGGAGGGGAAGCUUUUGCACCCAUUCCCUUUGGAGGGCUGUACCUGCCAUUGGAGGUGCCUCCAAACCGCUGUCACUGUUCCCCGCUGGUGCUGGCCUACGACCAGGCCCACUUCUCUGCUCUGGUGUCCAUGGAGCAGAGAGACCAGCAGAGAGAGCAAGCCGUCAUCCCACUGACCGACUCUGAGCACAAGCUGCUAGCGCUGCACUUCGCGGUGGACCCUGGGAGGGACUGGGAGUGGGGGAGGGAUGACAACGACAAUGCUAAGCUGGCAAAUCUUAUUCUAUCACUGGAAGCUAAAUUAAACCUUCUGCACAACUACAUGAAUGUAACAUGGAUUCGAAUUCCUUCUGAAACAAGGGCUCCCUUGGCUCAGCCCGAGUCGCCCACUGCCUCUGCAGGUGAGGAUGUACAGUCUCUGGCAGAAUCCAUGGACUCGGACCGGGAGUCUGUUUGCAGUAACUCCAACAUCAAUAACGGCAAGUCGAGAAAGGAGAAGGACAAGGACAAGCAGCGAAAGGACAAAGACAAAACAAGGGCAGACUCAGUGGCCAACAAACUGGGCAGCUUCAGCAAGACUCUGGGUAUCAAACUUAAGAAGAAUAUGGGUGGCCUUGGAGGACUUGUUCAUGGCAAGAUCAGCAAGUCUACUUCAACAAAUAGUCGAACGGUAGAGAACGGAGAGCAGAAAUCCAAGAAAAAGGACUCGAAAACACGAAAAGGGAGCAAAGAGGAGUCAGGCCAGUCGGCCAGCACAUCCUCCUCAGAAAAGGCAACCAGUCCCUCUCCUACAGACCGUGCUUCUGGUAGCUCACCUGUUGAGAGACCGCCAGGAUCAGGCAAAAACUCGGGUGAUCGGACACUGGACAACUGGAAGUACAGCACAGAUGUAAAACUCAGCCUGAACAUACUUCGGGCAGCCAUGCAGGGCGAGCGCAAAUUCAUCUUCGCUGGGUUGCUGCUCACCAGCCACCGACACCAGUUCCAUGAAGAGAUGAUCAGCUUCUACCUAAGCAGUGCCCAAGAACGCUUCAGUGCUGAGCAGGAACAGAAGAGAAAGGCUGAGGCUGAGAAGAAGCCUCAGACCAAUGGGGUGGCACUAAAGAAGCCUGAACAGGAGAGUGUUUUCCAAAGGGAGCGUUCAGAUAGCUCUCCACCUGAGAAUUGCUCACCGGUGCUGCAACCUAGCCAUACUCCUUCCCAGGCUGUGAAGGUCCAAGAAAGGGGAAGCCCAAAGCUUGCUGCUUCCCCUGUCCCAAUACCCAUCCCAGCUUCCAUCCAAGGAUCCUCCAUGUCCCCUGUCCCUUUCUCCUCCCCUAGUAACGGUGCUAAGAGACCUGGACCAGUCCCUGUUUCAGCUCACUAUAGCCAUACACCACCUAUCCAGAGGCACAGUGUCAUCCAUCUGAGGGAUGUCAAUGUGCAGUCAUCCAGCUACAAAGAUGAAUCUUACAAGCCAAUGGUCGGCACUCUCAAAACUUGUGCUACCUACCCCCAGCAAAACCGCUCACUGUCCUCUCAGAGCUACAGCCCAGCCCGCAUGUCUGGUAUUCGUACGAUUAAUGCCGUAGACACCCUCCCAUACAACAUGCCUGGGGAACAUAAGUCCCACACUUAUACCAACGGCUUCAACACUGGCGACAUACGGGACUGUCUGGAGUUUGCAGAUGAGGACCCGGUGCCCCAUGCCUGGCUGGGGCAGGACAAAACCAAAGGGCAGAGUGGUGUUUGCCCAAUGUACUGUUUUCAGCAGAAACGUUGCAGGAGGGAGAACUGCACCUUCUAUGGCCGACCUGAGACAGAGAACUUUUGCUCAUACUGUUAUAGAGAGGAGCUGAAACGCAGGGAACGAGAGGUGAAGGUGCACCGACCUGGAUAGCCCUGCAAAUGCGCACACAUAUAUAACCACCCCCAAUGUGUGUGGAAAAGAACAGCAACACCACCACCUUUUUGCACUUUGCAAGCGAUACAAAGAACUGGCAUAACAUUUUCCUACUAUAUUUAAGAUCGGCCUCCUUGUAUUCUUCUUACUUUACUCUCAAUAGCGAACAAACACUGCUUUACAAUGACAGGAAGUGCAACCAGAAUCAGUUUACAGCUUUGGCCAGAGAUUGUGUUAUUGUUUGUCCUAUGUCCGAUUUAAUUCAAUCUUUUACUUGUUCUAGAGUAAAAGCUCUUGUCUGUGCAUUUUGCUCAGUCUGUAUUGUAAAACUCCUUGUACCUGCAGAAAGAGAUGUAAAAGCAUAUGUCACUCUCUAAUGGAGCUUCCCAAAUUAUGGAAGGGAAAACUCUGUUUAGAGACCAUUAUUAUGCAAUACUUCACAGCAUAGCUCUUUGGAAUCUUAAUAUUAAAUAACAUUGAUUUGCUGUGCAUUGCAAAUAAUUACAAAGGGAGGGAGAUGCACUGUUCAGCACUCUGAUUUUUUUGAAAGCAAUAAGUUUGGUAACAACUGACACCCCUCCCCCUUUUAUCUAUGCAUUCAUGACGUCAGCCAUAUUCUACUUUUCCCCAUAUGAUUCUAAGGGAUAUAGAUAAGAUUAUAAUAGGUCUGCUGUACAGGGAUUAUUAUCGUGGGAAAUAUUUAAUAUGUGGCAUAUAAGAGUGUGCUUUUGGAUUGAUCUUGUGGUAUAUAUA